GGCCUUGUGGGCGGGCGUGGAAGACGCAAAAGCCCUAGGGGUAACACGCGUGUUGCAAACCGCCCUGCCUUGACAGCGGCUGAGAAAGCGCAAGCAACGAUUUGCACUUUGCACGUUGCAACACACAAGCCGAGAGGGAGGAGCGAGCCUUUUCCCGCUGCCCGGGCUGAGCAAAAAGUGCGGUUUGGGCGGGCGGGACGUCUUCCCAGCAACCGACGGGUCGGCAGAAGCGAGCGAGGAGAGGUGCAAGGAGCAGAAGCAAGCAGCCCAGCUUGGGUCGGUCUUUGGUGGAAACUGGCCAAGAUGCAUUUAUUGGAUCAUGAAGUCACUAUGGCAUUUUUGAGAUAUGGAACCAUUCUUAUAGUGAAAAUGAUGCUCAUGAGCUUCAUCACGGCUUUCUUCCGAAUGAGGAAAAAGGCAUUUGCUAAUCCUGAAGAUACAACAUCGUUUGGAAAAGGAGAGAAUGCGAAAAAAUAUCUAAGGACCGAUCCUGAUGUGGAACGUGUACGCAGAAUCCAUCUCAACGACCUGGAGAACAUUGUUCCAUUUCUUUUUGCUGGGUUUUUCUACUCUAUGAGUGGUGUGAACCUCUCUACUGCUUUGCUGCACUUCCGAAUUUUUCUUGGUUCUAGAAUCUUCCACACCAUUGCUUACCUGAUACCUCUUCCCCAGCCCAGUAGAGGUUUGGCUUGGAUGGCUGGUUACUUAGUCACCUUUUCAAUGUUGUACAGGAUUAUAAUGAUUGCUUUCACUACAUCUUAGAAAAGAAAGCUAAUACUAUUUUCAGCCUGUUGUACUUUGCAGGGUGCCUUAUCCAGCCAAUAGAAGAGAAUAUAUUUAGCUCUGGGUUGAACUGUGGAGUCCUUGGUGCUUUCUGAACUUGUUUGUUUGCAAAUGUCACAUUACCUAAAUAGGUAACACUAUCAGUGCUAGUGAGUGUGGAGUGUGCUGCUUCUGGUGGGAGUGUGGUUUUCUCCUUGGGUGGUUCCUUGAUUCGAGGAACUAUCAAGGCCAUAUGAACAUGACAAAUAAAUAAAUCCGCCUGAAUCAAGGAAUUAUCAAAGGGAAAAACCACAGCCCCACUAAAACUGGCAGGACAAGUUACUGCAUAUGAAUACCCCACACUAGCUAGCAUCGAUAAUGUUACCUAAUCGGGUAAUGAAACGCCUGCAAGCGACCAAGCUCAACAAGCACCAAGGACUCCACCAUUAAUUCUUCCUCAGAAAAACUCCUUCCUAUCUGCCUCCCAACUUUCCAAUGUAUAUUUGUGCCUUCUGGGAUGUUGGAUCUCUCAGCUGCCUUCUGGACCUGACAUUUCUGAACUCUUUUUGCCAUUAUAUGCUAAAACUGAUACAUGGAGAAUCUUUUCCCAAGGAAAUGUGUCCCUGAUACUUCCUCUUAAGGAAGCAUCACUCAAUGAUAGCGCAAAUACUUUGUGUCCUAGCCACAACCUCUGUUAGCCUACAAAGUCACAUAUAAGACAACGGUUAUAUUCUUUGUCUCUCCUUGCUUCCUCUCACUCUCAAUAUGUGAGAAAUUCAGUGUGAGUGAUUAUAUGUGAGGCCAUUAUAUACACAAAACAUUGGCUGAGGUGAUUUCUCUCCACAGUCUUGCCUUUUUUCAACAUCACUGAAGCUGGUUGCCUCUUUAUCCUCUUGUUGUUGUCUUGUCUAAUGCUCAUUUUCCAAAUAAGCUUGCCAGCCAUGACAUACAUUGGGAUAAUUUUCUUAGAAAGUGCCGAAUAUGGAAGACUGACAAUAAAACAGCAUUCUCUAACUUAGGCCCAUCGUGAUAACUUGGGAUCAUUAUCAAUGGUUCUGGCUUGAUAGUAACAAAAGUUGUAGAUGACAUUUAGAGAGCUGCAAGCUGGAGAAGAUUAUUACAAAGAAUUGGCCACCCUCUUUGCCCUUCCAGUUACAUCAGUUUGAUGUCUGUUGACAAAAAAAACCAA